AUGUCAGAAGCUCAAAGGAGAUUGGUGACAACACCUAGUUUUCCUCGUGGAAAUGGGUAUGUAAAUGGGUUUUUGGAAGUUCCUGGUGGAACUAACAAUAAUAACUAUGCAAAUGUGCAGCUCAUUGUAGAGAUGGCAGAGAUAACACGUGUUGAUGCAGUUUGGCCUGGUUGGGGACAUGCCUCUGAGAACCCUGAGCUUCCAGAUGCGUUGAUUGCAAAGGGAAUUGUAUUUCUUGGGCCGCCAGCUGUAUCUAUGGCAGCAUUAGGAGAUAAAAUUGGUUCAUCAUUAAUUGCUCAAGCUGCAAAUGUACCCACCCUUCCAUGGAGUGGAUCACAUGUAAAAAUUUCUUCAGAGAGCUGCUUGGUUACAAUCCCAGAUGAAAUAUAUAGGGAAGCAUGUGUUUAUACGACAGAGGAAGCGGUUGCGAGUUGUCAGAUUGUUGGUUACCCAGCAAUGAUUAAGGCAUCAUGGGGUGGUGGUGGUAAAGGCAUAAGAAAGGUCCAUAAUGAUGAUGAAGUUAGGGCAUUGUUCAAGCAAGUUCAGGGUGAAGUGCCCGGAUCUCCAAUAUUUAUAAUGAAAGUUGCAUCCCAGAGCCGACAUUUAGAGGUCCAGUUACUAUGUGAUCAGCAUGGAAAUGUUGCAGCUUUGCACAGCCGUGAUUGCAGUGUUCAAAGGCGGCACCAGAAGAUUAUUGAGGAGGGUCCAAUAACUGUAGCUCCUCACGAGACAGUAAAAAAGUUGGAGCAGGCGGCUCGAAGGUUGGCUAAAUCUGUUAAUUAUGUCGGAGCAGCCACAGUUGAGUAUCUAUACAGUAUGGACACUGGCGAGUACUAUUUCUUAGAGCUGAACCCUCGGUUACAGGUGGAGCACCCAGUCACUGAGUGGAUAGCUGAAAUAAAUCUUCCAGCAGCCCAAGUUGCAGUUGGAAUGGGCAUCCCUCUCUGGCAAAUUGCUGGCGAUUUUAUGGAAUGGAACAUGGUGGUGGAUAUGAUGCAUGGAGAAAGACCUCAGCUGUUGCUACCCCCAUUUGAUUUUGACAAGGCAGAAUCUACAAGGCCAAAGGGUCAUUGUGUUGCUGUGCGUGUAACAAGUGAGGAUCCAGAUGAUGGCUUUAAGCCUACUAGUGGGAAAGUACAGGAGUUGAGUUUUAAAAGCAAGCCAAAUGUUUGGGCAUACUUUUCUGUUAAGUCUGGAGGAGGCAUUCAUGAAUUCUCAGACUCUCAGUUUGGACAUGUUUUUGCAUUUGGAGAGUCCCGAGCUCUAGCUAUUGCAAACAUGGUUCUUGGGCUGAAGGAAAUUCAAAUUCGAGGAGAAAUUCGUACAAAUGUUGAUUAUUCAAUAGAUCUUUUACAUGCUUCAGACUACAGAGAGAAUAAAAUCCACACAGGUUGGUUGGAUAGUAGAAUUGCCAUGCGAGUUAGAGCGGAGAGGCCUCCUUGGUAUCUCUCUGUAGUUGGAGGGACUCUGUUUAAAGCAUCUGCCAGCAGUGCAGCAAUGGUUUCAGAUUACGUCGGUUAUCUUGAGAAGGGGCAAAUUCCACCCAAGCAUAUAUCACUUGUCCAUGCUCAAGUAUCCUUGAACAUCGAAGGGAGCAAAUACACAAUUGACAUGGUGAGGGGGGGUCCCGGAAGCUACAGAUUGAGGAUGAAUGAGUCAGAGAUCGAAGCAGAGAUACAUACUUUACGUGAUGGGGGUUUGUUGAUGCAGUUAGAUGGAAACAGUCACAUUAUAUACGCAGAGGAAGAAGCAGCUGGAACUCGCCUUCUUAUUGAUGGAAGGACUUGCUUGCUUCAGAACGACCACGAUCCAUCGAAGUUAAUAGCAGAGACACCAUGCAAGCUGCUGAGGUACUUGGUUGCUGAUGGUAGUCAUGUCGAUGCUGACACACCAUAUGCUGAGGUUGAGGUUAUGAAGAUGUGCAUGCCUCUUCUUUCACCUGCUUCCGGAGUUAUCCACUUUAAAAUGUCUGAAGGCCAAGCAAUGCAGGCUGGUCAACUUAUUGCAAGGCUUGAUUUAGAUGAUCCUUCAGCUGUAAGAAAGACGGAACCCUUCCAUGGGAGCUUCCCAGUCCUGGGGCCUCCAACUGCAAUUUCUGGUAAAGUUCAUCAGAGAUGUGCUGCAAGCUUAAACGCAGCCCGAAUGAUUCUUGCUGGUUAUGAGCAUAACAUUGAUGAAGUAGUGCAAAACUUGCUCAAUUGCCUAGAUAGCCCUGAACUCCCUUUCCUUCAAUGGCAAGAAUGCUUUGCAGUUCUGGCAACCCGCCUACCCAAAGAUCUUAAAAAUGAAUUGGAAUCAAAAUUUAAGGAGUUUGAGUUGAUUUCUAGCUCUCAGAAUGUUGACUUCCCUGCCAAAUUGUUGCGUGGUAUUCUUGAGGCCCAUCUAUUCUCCUCUCCCGAUAAAGAGAAAGGAGCCCAAGAAAGGCUUGUUGAGCCUUUGCUGAGCGUUGUGAAGUCUUAUGAGGGUGGAAGAGAAAGUCAUGCCCGAGUUAUUGUUCAAUCCCUUUUUGAAGAGUAUUUGUCAGUUGAAGAAUUAUUCAGUGACAACAUUCAGGCUGAUGUAAUUGAACGCCUUCGACUUCAAUAUAAAAAAGAUCUAUUGAAGAUCGUGGACAUUGUGCUUUCUCAUCAGGGUGUCAAGAAUAAAAAUAAGUUGAUACUACGACUCAUGGAACAACUGGUCUACCCCAACCCUGCUGCAUAUAGGGACAAACUAAUUCGGUUUUCUGCACUUAACCACACAAGCUAUUCUGAGUUGGCACUAAAGGCCAGUCAACUGAUGGAGCAAACCAAGUUGAGUGAACUUCGUUCCAGCAUUGCGAGAAGUCUUUCUGAGUUAGAGAUGUUUACUGAGGAUGGUGAAACCAUGGAUACCCCAAAGAGGAAAAGUGCCAUAAAUGAACGAAUGGAGGAUCUUGUGAGUGCUCCUUUGGCAGUUGAAGAUGCCCUUGUAGGUCUAUUUGAUCAUAGUGAUCACACUCUUCAGAGGCGAGUUGUAGAGAGUUAUGUGCGUCGGUUAUACCAGCCAUAUCUUGUAAAGGGGAGUGUCAGGAUGCAGUGGCACCGAUCUGGUCUUAUGGCUUCAUGGGAGUUCUUGGAAGAACAUACUGAGAGAAAAAAUUCCAAUGAAGAUCAAUCAUUUGAUAAAUCAGUUGAGAAACACAGUGAGAGAAAAUGGGGAGUCAUGGUUAUAAUAAAAUCUCUUCAAUUUCUGCCAGCAAUUAUUAGUGCUGCAUUGAAAGAAAUGUCUCAUCAACUUCAUGAAUCAAUUCCAAAUGGAUCUACUGAACCAAGUGGCUUUGGUAAUAUGAUGCAUAUUGCUUUAGUUGGUAUCAACAAUCCGAUGAGUUUACUUCAGGAUAGUGGAGAUGAGGAUCAGGCUCAAGAAAGAAUUAAGAAGUUAGCCAAAAUACUUAAAGAGCAAGGAGUAGCCUCCAGUCUACACAGUGCAGGUGUCAGAGUAAUUAGUUGUAUCAUACAAAGAGAUGAAGGGCGAGCCCCUAUGAGGCAUUCCUUCCACUGGUCAUCAGAGAAACUCUAUUAUGAGGAAGAACCUUUAUUGCGUCAUCUGGAACCUCCUCUAUCCAUUUACCUUGAAUUGGACAAGCUCAAAGGCUAUGAGAAUAUACAGUAUACCCCAUCUAGGGACCGUCAGUGGCACUUGUACACUGUUGUAGACAAGCCGCUACCAAUCCAAAGAAUGUUCCUCAGAACACUUGUAAGGCAGCCAACAACAAAUGAAGGAUUCACUGGAUUUCAAAGGCUAGACGUGGAAGCAGCUAGUAAGCAAUGGGCUUUGUCAUUUACUUCAAGGAGCAUUUUGAGGUCCUUAUUAACAGCAAUGGAAGAGUUGGAACUUAAUGCGCACAAUGCCAAUGUCAAAUCCGACUAUACUCAUAUGUAUCUUUAUAUCUUACGUGAGCAACAAAUUGAUGAUCUACUGCCUUACCCCAAGAGAGUAGAUUUAGAUGCUGGGCAAGAAGAAACUGCGGUGGAGGCGAUUUUAGAAGAACUUGCACGUGAAAUCCAUGCUUCUGUUGGUGUAAGGAUGCAUAGGUUGGGUGUCUGUGAGUGGGAAGUGAAGCUGUGGAUAGCAUCCUCUGGACAGGCUUGGAGGGUUGUCGUGACAAAUGUGACUGGUCAUACCUGCACUAUACAAAUCUAUCGGGAACUAGAGGAUACCAGCAAAUGUAGAGUGGUAUACCAUUCAGCUUCUGUUCAGGGUCCCCUGCAUGGUGUACCAGUGAAUGCGCACUAUCAGCCUUUGGGAGCUAUUGACCGUAAACGUCUGUUGGCCAGGAGAACCAGCACCACUUACUGCUAUGAUUUUCCACUGGCAUUUCAGACGGCCUUGGAACAGUCAUGGGCAUUCCAAUUACCAGGUGGUAAAAAACCCAAGGACAAAGUUCUUAAAGUCUCUGAGCUCAAAUUUGCUGACCAAAAAGGCACCUGGGGUUCUCCACUUGUCAAUGUAGAGCGUCCACCUGGGCUCAAUGAUGUUGGUAUGGUAGCUUGGUCUAUGGAGAUGUCUACCCCUGAGUUCCCUUCUGGAAGGAAGAUUUUGAUUGUUUCAAAUGAUGUGACCUUUAAAGCUGGAUCUUUUGGCCCAAGAGAGGACGCAUUCUUCUUUGCGGUAACUGAGCUUGCUUGUGCCAAGAAACUGCCUUUGAUAUACUUGGCAGCAAACUCAGGUGCCCGUAUUGGGGUAGCUGAAGAAGUCAAAUCCUGCUUUAAAGUUGGUUGGUCCGAUGAAACAAGCCCUGAACGUGGCUUUCAGUAUGUGUAUUUGACCUGUGAGGAUUAUGCUCGGAUUGGAUCAUCUGUGAUAGCACAUGAAUUAAAGCUUGCAAGUGGAGAAACCAGAUGGGUUAUAGAUACCAUUGUUGGAAAGGAGGAUGGCUUGGGGGUUGAGAGCUUGACAGGCAGUGGAGCAAUUGCUGGUGCAUAUUCGAGGGCAUACAAGGAAACCUUUACCUUAACAUAUGUGACUGGCAGAACUGUAGGGAUAGGCGCUUAUCUUGCUCGGCUUGGAAUGCGGUGCAUACAAAGGCUUGAUCAGCCCAUAAUUUUAACUGGUUUCUCUGCAUUGAACAAACUUCUUGGCCGGGAGGUGUACAGCUCUCAUAUGCAACUUGGAGGACCUAAAAUUAUGGGAACAAAUGGGGUUGUCCAUCUAACGGUUGCUGAUGAUCUUGAAGGAAUAUCUGCUAUUUUGAAGUGGUUAAGCUAUGUUCCUGCCCAUGCUGGUGGCCCACUCCCCAUUUCAUGUCCCUUGGAUCCUCCAGAAAGGCCUGUUGAGUACUACCCUGAGAAUUCAUGUGAUCCUCGUGCUGCUAUUUGUGGUACUUUAAAUGGUAAUGGGAACUGGAUGGGUGGUAUUUUUGACAAAGACAGCUUUGUUGAGACGCUAGAAGGCUGGGCAAGAACAGUUGUUACUGGAAGGGCGAAGCUUGGAGGAAUCCCUGUAGGAAUAGUUGCUGUUGAGACACAGACGGUGAUGCAAGUUAUACCUGCUGAUCCAGGCCAGCUUGAUUCCCAUGAGAGAGUCGUUCCUCAGGCUGGGCAAGUAUGGUUUCCUGAUUCUGCAAGUAAGACAGCCCAAGCAUUAUUAGAUUUCAAUAGAGAAGAGCUCCCACUUUUCAUUCUUGCUAACUGGAGAGGCUUUUCUGGUGGGCAGAGGGACCUUUUCGAAGGGAUCCUUCAGGCUGGAUCAACCAUUGUGGAGAACCUUAGGACUUACAAACAGCCCAUUUUUGUAUUCAUCCCUAUGAUGGGUGAGCUCCGCGGUGGAGCAUGGGUGGUCGUGGAUAGUCGGAUAAAUCCAGACCAUAUUGAAAUGUAUGCUGAUCGAACUGCUAGAGGUAAUGUGCUUGAGCCAGAGGGGAUGAUCGAGAUCAAGUUCAGGGACAAGGAGCUGCUGGAGAGCAUGGGUAGGCUUGAUCAACAGCUGAUCCAACUGAAGGCAAAACUUCAGGAGGCCAGGAGCUGUGGGGCACACGAGAUGGUUGAACCCCUACAGCAUCAGAUAAGAUCGCGUGAGAAACAGCUUUUGCCUGUCUACACUCAGAUAGCUACUAGAUUUGCAGAACUGCAUGAUACUUCUCUUCGGAUGGCUGCAAAAGGGGUAAUCCGAGAAGUGUUGGACUGGAAUACCUCUCGAUCUUUCUUCUACAAGAGAUUGCGUCGGAGAAUUGCUGAAGAGUCGCUCAUCAAGACAUUGAGAGAUGCUGCUGGCGAACAGCUUUCACAUAAAUCUGCAAUAGAUUUGAUCAAGAGCUGGUUUUUCAGUUCUGAUAUUUCAAAAUCCAGAGAAGAUGCAUGGGUGGAUGAUGGCAUUUUCUUUACAUGGAAGGAUGAUCCAAAAAAUUAUGAGGAUAAAUUAAAGGAGUUGCGGGUCCAGAAGGUAUUGCUUCAAUUGGCAACUAUUGGUGACUCGAUUUCUGAUUUGCAAGCCCUACCUCAAGGUCUUGCUGCCCUUCUAAGCAAGGUCGAGCCAUCAAGCAGAGUGCUGUUGAUCGAUGAACUCCGGAAGGUACUCGGUUAA